AUGACGACGCCCGCCAUUCGUAUCCCCUUCACGGGUCCUCUACCUCCGGCAAUUAUAGUCCCACCCUCCGCCAGUUCCGUUUCAGGUGCUAUCGACGCCGUCUGUGCCUUCUUUGCUGCCUCACCAUCCCUCAACCUCCGUGGCGUCAAUGUCGGAGCUCAUUCCCAGACCGUUCUACUGACCGGAGCCGGCAUCUCGGUCGCAUCUGGACUCUCCGACUACCGCGGCGAUCAAGGAACCUAUCGUCGGAAUAAAUCCUAUCGACCAAUCUAUUUCCAUGAAUUCGUGUCACAUCAUGAGUCGCGCAAACGAUACUGGGCCCGUAGCUUUAUCGGAUGGCCCGGUCUCGUGAAAGCACGACCCAACUCAACCCAUGAAGCUAUCAGAGACCUAGGCAAAAAGGGGUUUAUCAGUUCAGUCGUGACGCAGAAUGUCGAUUCCUUCCAUUCCUUAGCCCAUCCAGAGUUAUCUACCUUGGAACUACAUGGAUAUCUACGAUCCGUCGUUUGUACCAGCUGUCACAACCAAUUCCCACGACAAGAAUUCCAAACAUCGCUGGAAAGGUUGAACCCGGCAUGGGCUGAGUUUCUCGCUCGCAUGGUUGAACAGGGUGCGCUUGAUACGGACAAUCAGGAAGAACAACGACGGAAGGGAUUGAAAUUGAACCCGGACGGAGAUGUUGAUCUUGCAGAAGCGCCAUAUUCAACCUUUCGCUACCCAUCCUGCCCGACCUGUUUGGAAAAACCUCCCAGGUUGAGAGAUGGGACUCGGGCCCGAGUAGAAGUGGAGAGGGACGGUGCUUGGAUGGAUAGCUCCAAUGCCGGGAUUCUCAAACCAGCCGUGAUCAUGUUUGGUGAGAAUAUUGACCCAGCGGUUAAAACAGCGGCUGAAGAGGCGAUCGAUGAUGCAGGGCGCUUACUGGUGCUCGGCAGUAGUCUAGCUACAUUCUCGGCGUGGCGGUUGGUGGAACGAGCGCAUAAACGGGGGAUGCCCAUUGGUAUUAUCAAUGUUGGCGGCGUGAGGAAUGAAGCGGUUCUCUUUGGUCAGGGUUCUGAGUUGGACCCAACGUCCCAUGUGCGCUGCAGCCAACCCGCUCAGUCCAUCUUGCCGGCCGUGGCAUCCCUGUUAGGGAUGAACCGGAGAUAG